AUGGUCGUGCGCAUCAAGGUACGCGUCUUCCUGUUUCCUGUCGACCCGCUCGUCGAGCAUUCCUAUGUUGUUGGGAGUCGCCCGGGCGGCCUGAGCUCGGUCAUUGGCAUGGUGGUUAUGGACGACGACGACGACUUGACGUUCGAGUCGGUGCGGCCUCGCAUCGAGCUCCAGCAAGACGGCAGCGUCCAGCGGCGGCACAUCAUGUACCAGGAAGCACUCUUCCUCAUGACAUCGAGCGCCAACCCGCAUCAAUGGCCGGUGAAAGCGCUGCAGACGUACUGGUUGGGGUAUUACGCCCACGAAGACGACCUUGUACCUACCGUCAUCCCGACGGCCGACGAGCAAAAGCCGCUCCGCGCCGUCCUCGACAUGAAGACAACCAAGCUCACCGCCGACUUGAUUCUCAUUCCCCAGAGCCAAAUCGGUCCCGUGUGCACCGCGUGCUGCCAAGGCUGCGCAGUGUGUCCACCCAUCGCCCCAUGGCACCCAACGCAUUCCGAUGCUGCCAAGCCGCCAGAAACCCUUACACUGGCGGCGAGUGCGCCGCCAGCAGAGCUGUGA